AUAUUGUUUAUAAUUAAUUUUGUUUCGACUUAAAGCAUAUUCCGGCCACAUGGAAGCUAUAAAAGAGCAUCUCUGUGAGAUAAAAAAACUAGUUAAAUACCUAAAUGCUGCUUCCAUGUCAAGUCAAAUGUGGAAACAAUGGAACACCACUCUGAAUUCUCCCCCUAUGCGCUGUAUGGGUAAGAUAAUUAUAUUGAUCAGACUCAUGGCCGACCAAUUUCGUGAGUAUUUUGGUAGUCAAAGCAACCAGAUGGCCGACCUUUCCAGAAUUUUAGCGAAAUGCACCGGACAAAUUAAGAGACUUUAUCUAAAAGAGCCGUGGGGUCAGUCGGAAAUGCGGAAUAGAGGAGUUGUGGACCCAAGUUUUAUAGUUGCAGUUAGUGCAAUAUUUUCAGAGCUGGAGGGCGUCAUCAAAGACUAUUUGAGGUUGGCCUAUAUGAAAGCAGAAUACGGUAAAACGCAAAAGUCCGACCAUUACAAUGUGCCCUCAGAUAGACGCGACAAUUUGGCCGACUCAGCUGGAAAGACACCAUAUAACAAACUUAAACUCAGGGAAUCAUGUCCCACAAUAGAGCUUGGCAGAGUGACGGCCAAGUUAAGAAAUUUCGAGGUGAAAAGGGAAUUAGAACAGCUUGACCAUAAGCUAAUGAUUCUUAAGGAACAUACAUUGACCCGAAGGGCGCUUCUUGUUCAGCAUGCGGCCGAAAUAAGGUUCAAAAAUCAGCAGGAUCUCGUUUUGAAGCUAAGCAGUGGCCUUUCAGAAGAAAAACUCAAAUUACAAGCUGCACUCAAAGAAAACUCAAGACUAAUGGAAAUACAACAAACAUGCUACCAAAAUUUGUUAACCCCCCCACAGCCUCCUCAGAUGCAGGAAUGCCACAAAUUUAGGCUCGCAGAAGACAGUCAGUCAGUGCAAUCAACCCAGACUGAAAAUAAUAGCCACCUUAGUCCUGAUAUUGCGGCAUCAGCACAACCAAAUAAGUACGAAAGUACGAAUACUACAACCCGAGAAACCCAACACGGGGCGAUACAAUGCCAAGUCGAAUCCGAUCCUGAACUGUCAAAGUCAUUCUAUCAAAAGCAAAAGGCAGCAGUAAAUGAAAGUGGCAAUACCUCUACAAAGAACUCAACGACAACAGGAUCGUGUCUAUGUCGCAUAAAAAAGCCAAAUGUAGUGGAGCCGCACCCAGGAACAACGUUUGGCCAACGCCGCCACAAACUGCUUCGCUGGUGUCAGGAGAAAACUAAGCCUUAUGGCAUACCCAUGUAUGAGUUCUCCACCUCCUGGCAGAGCGGCCACGCACUUUGUGCGAUCAUUCAUUCCUACCGCCCAAACCUGAUUGACACCAAGUACAUUAAAUGUAAGAAUCGGCGAGAGACGUUGGAGUACGGCGUAAUGGUGGCUCAAUCACUGGGUGUUCGUAGCAACAUUGAUUUUGUGUCUUUGUGUCUACAGAAAAUACCCGAAAAUAUAAUGGUUUUCCAGUUUGUAGCGGAGUUAUACAACUGCUUGGAAGACUCAGCCAACUUUCGCAGAUCCAGCAGAUAAAAGCAAAUAAUUUCAACGAAUAUUCGAAAUCAGACUUUGUGAUGAACAAAUAAAAUAAUAAAUCAGGUCAAUAAAAGAUCAUUUAUAAUUUAA